AUGAACGGUCAGGAGCUACUCGCCUGGGCUGUUUUCGUAUCCUACUUCCUGCUCAUCUUCCUUUCUUUCGGUCUCGUCUUCCGGUCGAUACUCUCCGGCAGUCAUGUCUCCAAGCUAUUCCAAGGCAGAGCGUUCUACUUUCUUCGAACAGCGGUAGGAGCAUUGUUAUGCACUUGGUACUAUAUGAUCAAGUUCCUCAACUGGUCCUACAGAUAUCACUCCAAGCUCAAUCAGACCAACAAUAUCGGAAAUUGGCUAGUUCACACUCCCCUUUUCGAGCAAGCUUGGACGAUAGUGUGUACGGGAAGAGCUAAUUGGUGGUGGUCAAGCUGGAUAUGUACUUGGACGAUAGUAUUCACAGCUAUAGUGUGGACUGAAAGCGGAAGAAGAGGUAUCAAAUACCCCUACGCAUACAUGCUACUUGGUCAAUUGGUCGCCAUGUCAGUCGCUACCUCACUCUUCUUAUCAGCGGUCUUCUUACAUCCUCGAAUCCGGUCCGCACCUCGUUCUGUCCCAGUUUACAUCGCUUUCCCACUUCUCAUGGCUUUCAUCCCUACGUAUCUCCUGCCAAGACACGUCAAUACCGAUAAAUUUAUGAAUUCGCUCUUAUGGUUACAUGGCGCUUUGUUAUUACCUCUCACCUCCUCUUCGUCAAGUAGUAUUGCCGAGAAUGCCACUGCAAGAAUUCCAUUCUCAAUGCUGUACCAGAUGUUCCUCGCUACUGCCAUAUCAAUCCAUUACCCAGCUACCAAAAGACUUCUUGGCGUUUUACCUCCCGGUCAAUCGGUAUUUGAUAAACUAUACAAGACCAUCUUCACACAUCCAGCUCAAGGUUCUAUCUCCUUAGAUGUAAUUUGGGUGGCUAUCAUCGUGUUUUCAUGGUUCCUUCUUUCCGGAUCGAUGGUCAGUCGAAUCAUCAAGGUUUCAAUGGCUAGUAUCGCAGCCGGCGUAGGUAUUGCCAGAUACGCAGGGGUGAACUGGGGUUUGAUCGCUAGUGUGUUACCGAUAUUGGUCUUGUUAGCUUUUGGUACUAUGGGUCUAUGGCUUCAGAGGCUCAGAUCAAAAAAUACUACCAAGAGGAAGGAACUGUUAGAGAAGAUGGGUAUGCCAGAACGUACCGUUAUACCAGGUACCUCGAACAAACCGCCCUCUGUGAGUGGAGAUAAACUCGUAGUUGGAUUUUGGCAUCCUUACUGCAAUGCUGGUGGUGGUGGAGAACGUGUUCUAUGGUCGGCCAUCCGGCAUCUACAGCAGACUGAGAAAGAUGUGUUGGUCCUGGUGUAUUCAGGGGACUAUCCAUCAGCAAGUAAGGAUGACAUACUAGGAAAGGCUAAGAAUCGAUUUUCGAUCGAGAUGGAUCCCUCAAGGAUACAUUUCGUUCCUCUUCCCUCAAGAUAUCUGAUAUCAGAUAAUUACUGGAAACGGUUUACUCUUCUCGCUCAAUCGCUCGGAAGUGUAUACUUAGCUUAUGAGGGAUUGUGCGGUAAAGACGGCCUAUGGGGUGAUGUUUUCAUUGACUCGAUGGGUCAUGGUUUCACUUUUCCUACGGUUCGCUUCAUAUCUGGAUCUCAGACUGUCAUCGGAGCGUACAUCCACUAUCCUACAGUCAGUACAGAUAUGGUCAAAAGAGUUAGAGAGAGAACAGCAGGCGGAGUGGAAAACGCAGGUGCCUCGAAGAGUUGGUUGAGAACACAGAUCAAAUUGAUAUAUUAUUGGAUCUUCACCAACCUAUACUCCGUUUCCCUCCUUUUCCCUCAACAUAUAAUGACCAAUUCAUCCUGGACCCAAGCGCACAUUCAGUCUCUUCUUACUAAAGCUCGAGGAUCUUUCCUGGCUAGUAUACUAUUGAAAGACGAGACCACGAUCCAGAAGAGGGAAGAAAGAGGCGAAAGUAAGAUAGAAGAUAGAGCGAGAUGCGAGGUCGUUUAUCCACCUUGCGAUACGAAAGAAUUUGUCAAGUUGGGUAAUUUGAAUAAGAGGAGGAGAGAGAUUGUUUCCCUAGCUCAAUUCAGACCCGAAAAAGAACAUGCUAAACAAUUACAUGCCUUGGCCAUCCUCUUCGAGAAAUACCCUCAGUAUCGCAAAGGUCCCCAAAGCGUGAAAUUGGUUUUAAUGGGUGGGUCACGAGAUGCCCAUGAUGAAGAACGUCUUGAUGGACUACGGAGGUUAGCCAAUACUUUGGAAAUCAGCGACAACGUCGAGUUUGUAGUCAACGCUCCUUAUUCAGAGGUAGUCAAGCGUUUGGGAGAAGCUUCCUUAGGGCUAAACACGAUGAUGGACGAGCAUUUCGGUAUAAACGUGGUUGAAUUUAUGGCCGCCGGUCUGAUACCCGUCGUACAUGCAUCUGCAGGACCAGUCAUGGAUAUAGUUGUACCGUUCAACAACCAGAAGACAGGUUUCCAUGCGACAGAUGCCGAAUCUUUCGCCGAAGCUGUCCAUCAAGCAUUCACCUUAUCUCCUGAGCAGAGCCUGAGAAUGCGCAAAGCAGCUAGAGAAGCCGCUGUCAAGAAAUUCUCAGAGAGGGAAUUCGAGAAAGGUUGGCAGCUAGGUUGGAAAAGGUUGAAGGGUCUAGUCAAGAGAGAUAGGGAUGAUGAAUAG